AUCAGCACAUUGCACACGUGAUAUGUGCGCGCUGGUCCUGAUUAGCUGAUAAACAGCUGAUGAACAUGGCAAGGACACAGUUUAAAGGACAGACGAGAGGAAGGAAUACUGAGUAGAAAUAACCACAAUGGAACAUACAAACUAUUUUUAGGGCGCGACCGAUUGUUUAUUAUCGUCCCGCAGUAGUCUGUGACCUUGGGAUUUUGACAGAUUUAGCUUAGAACCGGCGAUUUGGAAUUCUACAUAUCCUUCAUAUACCGAAUUUCAUUUAGCUAAGGUCGAGCCCAUUUAGCGAUGGAUUUUAUAUUGAGCGGGGCAGCUGCCUGCGGAGCUUGCCUGUUCACUAACCCGCUGGAGGUUGUCAAAACUCGGAUGCAAUUACAAGGCGAGCUCAAAAGCCGGGGGACCUACCAGAUUUACUACCGCAACGUUUUCCACGCUUUUUACACUAUCGGCAAAGUAGAUGGACUCGCUGGUUUACAGAAAGGGUUGGUACCGGGACUUGUCUAUCAGUUUUUCAUGAAUGGAGUGAGGCUUGGAUCGUAUUCAAUAAUUGAGUCAUCUGGAUACAUCCACACGGACGGGAGGGUUAGUGCUGCUAAAACCACAGUAGCAGGGGCUGCCGCUGGAGUAGUGGGGGCAGUGAUGGGAAGUCCCAUCUACUUGGUGAAGACUCACAUUCAGAGUCAGGCCACUUCCUCUAUAGCUGUUGGACAUCAGUAUCAACAUCAGGGGAUGGUCCAUGCUCUGGCAGCGAUCCACAAGCAGCAUGGUAUCCUAGGCCUGUGGAGGGGCUCCAGUGCAGCUGUACCCAGGGUCAGCGUGGGGUCAGCUGCUCAACUCUACUCCUUCGCUGCCUCCAAGGAGCUUGUCGUUGACCUACAGGUGUUCCCAGAGGGCAGCUGGCUGGUGGCUCUGUGUGCAGGGAUGAUCAGCAGUGUGGUGGUGGUGGCAGCCAUGACACCCUUUGACGUGGUCAGCACACGGCUCUACAACCAACCUGUGGAUCAUACAGGCAAGGGAGAGCUCUAUAAAGGUUUUGGGGACUGCUUCUCGAAGACACUGAAGAUGGAGGGUGUGACAGGGCUCUACAAAGGCCUGGGUGCAUCCUACUUCCGUCUGGGGCCACACACCAUCCUGUCUCUACUGUUCUGGGACGAACUGAGGAAGCUCUGGCAGCAGCACAGAUAGUAGCCGGCAGGCAGGGCAAGCUCUACUCUGCCAGCAACACAGAUAGUAUCAGGAAAGGGAGACCCUGGCCGUGUUCCAGGCCAUCUGCAAAGCAGUUGCGCUGCAUAAAUUAACCCAAUGAUUGCCACAUCAUCUACAUUGCGGUCGGGCAUCAGAAUUAUACUUUUUUGUAUGGUUUUUUUGUAUCUUUUUCUCAAACAAUAACAACCAUACAUAAACAAAAGACAAACAGACACAUUUCAUCAAACAUAAAUGGCAUCACACCUACUCAGGCCCACGUGUUCCCACCGCAAACAUACGCAUCACGUAUGUCUCAACCACACUCUCCUUCAUCCCCUGGAACAUUCCAGUGCUUGUAGCACUCUGCCAUAUGGCCUCAAAUUGCACUCUUCUAUUUUUAUCCGUAGCCCACACCUUUUGAAUAUUUACAUAAUACAUUUGAUUCAUCCACUGUCAUAGUGAUGGAGGAUAAUUUGAUUUCCAGUUUUUGAGGAGAAGUUUUUUUCAAAAUCAUUGACGAGAAAACUAUGGUUCACCCGAUUUGAGUAUCUCACCGCACCCUAAUAUGCCACGUCUUGAAAUAUGCAGAUAGACAAAUUAAAAGUAAACUUACAUUGUAAAACUUCUCACAGCCAACUGUCUAACUCCGCCCAUAACUUUUGGACUUAGCACUCCCAGAAGGCAUGGAUUAUUAAAUCCAUGUUAGUUUUACACUUGAGACAUGACUCUGCUGUUGUGCUGUAGAAUCUGGGAAUUUUGUCUCUUGUAUAAUAAAUUCUAUAAAUUAGUUUAUACUGGAUUAAGCGUACAUUUUCGUUAACUGUAAUUUUGUUAGCCAUGUUCCAACACUCCAUAUUGUGCCAGGCAUCAGAAUUCAAUGCGGUUACUGACAUCCAGGAGUUGGGAUGUGGUGCGUGACUGCAAUCUAGGUGGCCCUGAACAUGGAUGCAGUCAGGUAUAAAGAUAAAGACUCAUUAAGCCACAGGUCAGUUCACAGGUUAAUUGAUCCUUCAUUUAAUGAGUUUGUAGCCUGAUCCCAGAUCUGUUUGUUCAGUCUUGCCAACUCCUAUGGUCAUUGACUAUACAGCGUAAACAGAUCUGGGACCAGGCUUAUGCAUUUGGUCUUGAGAUAUAGGUAAAUAGCAGAGGAGUUUACUUCUGUGUGUAAACUUUUUUUUUAAAGUAGAGCAAAGGUCUUUGUUCUACACUCCAAUAAGAAUCUAAUUCAAACUGGUUUCUGAUCUUGGAAGCACAGUGAGGUAACAAUAGGCUGCUGUGGUUGCUGACACGUUGUGGUAUGCAGCAGAAUAGUUUAUCCAUCCAAUAAGAAUAGGAAGAUGUUUCUGAGUCAGAAUAAUUCCUCAUUCUUCUGCAGAAUGUUCACCACAAGCUUGUACUAAUGAUAACGUCCUUACCUCAUCAAGUUACUGACUGCUGUGAAUUUAUGUAGCUUGAGUACUAGGAAAACUCUACUACACAAUUUAAUCUACAGAGAAUUAGAACAUCUACAGAUUAGGCAAGACUUCUUCAAAGGUACAUGAACAAUCUCAGCACAGUAUUAAUAUAGAAAGCUUCGAGCUUCAGAGUAGAUUUAAUGAUUUACAAACCCAUCGCAACAAUUGUUUUCACACAUUUAAUAUAAAUUUACAGCAGAAAUUAGACAUGAGUUUAUUUUUAUAAAGUAUAGUGGGAUUUGUUCAUACCGCUUGCCUUACUGUAAAAUUGCUCUCUGGAUGUAUAGCUUACUGCUACUAUUGAUUCUAAGGUUGACUAAUAUUGUACAUUGGGUCUGCUUACUUGACACAGCUGGGUUAUUUAAUUGCUGUACAUCCAUUACAGACAUUUUGAUUCAUUUUGAUCUCUCUAAUGAAUGUAUUAAUUCAUGUUUAGAUUCUUGUGUAGAUCCAAUCUCUGAAGGAUAUUUAUUUACUAACAUGUGAUUCUGAUUGGUUUGUUACACAGCCAUAUGCAGUGCCAUGUAAUGUAAUUUUGUAGGAUGCAAAACAGCCCCCCUCCAAAAAAAAAUAAAAAAUAAUAAUACUUGUAA